AUGCCGGCCUUUGCAGGCGUGCCAAGAGGACUCAUUCGUCGGUUCUGGCUACCAGGCGUUGCCACUACAUCUGCAGCUGUUCUCAUCUAUAGCUACCGUCCCCGUGAUUUCACUGGCCAUACAUCACCCGCAGUUCCGCCUCCAACCUUUGGUGCCGAUGGCACUUUCAAGCUUCCUCGGUUUCCUCGCGUCAGAACACGCGAAGAGCAGCUAGACCAACUCCGAGGGAGCUCACACCCUCAAGUCCAGCAAUAUGACAUACUUGUCAUUGGUGGUGGUGCCACUGGUGCAGGUGUCGCCCUCGACGCUGCUACUCGUGGCCUCAAAGUAGCUAUCGUCGAACGUGACGAUUUCAGCAGCGGCACGAGCAGCAAGAGUACCAAGCUGGUUCAUGGAGGUGUCCGCUAUCUCGAGAAAGCCGUCUGGAACCUGGAUUAUAACCAGUACUUGCUCGUCAAGGAGGCUCUGAAAGAGCGCAAGUACUUCCUACAGACGGCUCCCCAUCUGAGUUCCUGGCUCCCCAUUAUGCUGCCCCUCGAUAAGUGGUGGAAAGCUCCCUAUUACUGGGCCGGCACUAAGUUCUAUGACUUUCUUGCUGGCAGUGAAGGCAUUGAGGGGUCUUACUUUCUGACUCGAAGUAAGGCACUUGAGGCCUUCCCUAUGCUUAAGCCCACGGAUCUUGUCGGUGCUCUCGUGUACUACGACGGUGCACAUAACGAUUCGCGCAUGAAUGUUUCUAUUGCAAUGACCGCUGCCCUCUAUGGUGCAACUGUUGUCAAUCAUGCUGAGGUCACAAGACUUAUAAAGAAUAGUGACGGAAGCCUUUGCGGCGCAAUAGUCAAGGAUCUUGUUUCCGUAAAGGAUGGUCAACCAGCCAAGCCCAUAACUGUUCACGCAAAGAGUGUCAUCAACUGUACGGGGCCUUUUACUGACUCUGUUCGAAAAAUGGACGAUCCAGGCUGCAAGGAAAUUGUGGCCCCAGCAUCCGGAGUUCACGUCGUUCUCCCUGGAUAUUUCAGUCCAGGAAAAAUGGGAUUGAUCGAUCCGUCAACGUCUGACGGCCGGGUCAUCUUCUUCCUCCCAUGGCAAGGCAACACUAUCGCAGGCACCACCGAUUCCCCUUCGACUAUCACACAAAAUCCUCUACCCGACGAGAAGUCUAUCCAGUGGAUCCUGAGCGAAGUCAGCCACUAUCUGUCCCCAGAGAUAAAUGUUCGCAGAGGUGAUGUCCUCGCAGCCUGGUCCGGUAUUCGCCCGCUCGUCAAAGAUCCCAAAACCAAGAACACUGAGUCCCUUGUUCGAAACCAUCUGAUUGAUAUCUCCGCUUCUGGAUUGUUGACUUGUGCAGGCGGGAAAUGGACAACCUAUAGGCAAAUGGCAGAGGAGUGCGUAGACUUUGCCAUUCAAGAAUUUCGUCUCGAGCCCCGGCCUGUUACAGAUGCACCUCGCGUCAGCGGCACCGAUCUAAUUGACGAUGGGGCAAUAUUGGAUGGCAAAUGUCAGACGCACAAGGUUCGUUUAGUUGGUGCUCACGGCUUUAGCCCAACACUAUUCAUCCCUAUUAUCCAGCACUUUGGGGUUGAGACUGAGGUCGCCAAACACUUGACCGAGUCCUAUGGUGAUCGUGCCUGGACUGUUGCCUCACUUUGCAAGCUGACUGACAAGCGCUUUCCCGCCCGCGGUGAACGCAUCUCUCAGCUCUAUCCAUUUGUUGAUGGCGAGAUUCGAUAUGCUAUUCGACACGAGUACGCCCAGACGGCCGUUGAUGUUCUCGCUCGACGCACGCGACUGGCCUUUCUCAAUGCGCAGGCCGCCCUCGAAGCCCUCCCUAAGGUAAUAGACAUCAUGGCUGAAGAGCUCAAGUGGAGCCGUCAACGAAAGGAUCUUGAAUGGAAAGAAUCUGUUGCCUACUUAGAGUCUAUGGGUUUGCCGAAGCCCAUGCUUACUGUGACACGUAAGCAAGUUGAGCAAGGAAAGCUUGAUUUUGCCAGCUCGCUGGAAUGGCAGAUGUAUUCACGUCACGAUAAGCCGACCGACUAA